AUGGCAAAAUUCAAAGAAGGAGAUGAGGUUGAAUAUGAAAUGAGCGGUGUUAAGAAAGAAGGCUUCGUUAUAGAAGUUUUACCAAAAAAACCCAAUGAAGAACAGCAAUACAUCGUUGGUCUUACUAAAACUACUAAGCAAAAGGACGGAAGUUAUGUCUAUGAGGAAAAGCACAAAAUGAAACUCAAAGCCAAGUGA